GCGACGCCCAGUUUUUUUGCGGCGGUGGAGGUGUCCCUGCAGGCGGGGGCCGUGGCGGCGGCGGCGCUCCGCCAGCGGACCCUCCGGGGCAGUCUGCGCGAUUGGUCCGCCUGGACCCUUCCAAACUCGCGUUCAGCCCGAUGCGUCCCCCGCUCCCCCCCCCGGUCCCGGGGUCAGUCGCGUCGAUUGCUGCGGGAGCCCCGUGGCCGGGCUCGCUGCUGGCCCGGCUGCCCGAGGGACCCUGUGGGAAAGGUGGAGGUGGCAGGCAGCCCUGCCGCGUGUCUCGGCCGGCACGCCGAGCCGCGUGUCUGCUCCCGCGCCCCGCCCUGUGCUGCUUCCAGGCUCGGCGGAGCCUGCUGCCAGCUCGGCUCCCCUCCUCUGCCCCAGCCGCUCAGCCCUGCUGCUCGCCUUGCCUGAGUGCCGCUCGUCGGGCCCCUGGCGAUCUCUGCCCUGCAGAGCUUGCUGACUGGGGUCCCUGAGCUUUGCGAAAUCCAAACAAGGUCCUUGCACUCUCUCCCCAUCAAAACAAGGGUGGCUGCAGGCUCCCAGUUGGAGUAGGACGUGUCUCCAUGCAGAGCUGCGGCCUUCCCACUGUCUGGGUGGAGGGGAGCUUUGCGAGCUAAAUAAAGCCCUGGGGAUCGCUCACUGGAGGAGAGCCCGGUGUCCCCAGUUCCCCACUGUGUUGGGAAGAAAUACUGGUUAAAAACUGUUCUUUAGAAAGUCUCUCCAUGUCUCCUGGAUUUAUUUUGCACUGGCGUGGCUUCAUUGGUCUUGCUCUGCAUCUUGGUGCGCAAGCAGACCUUUCAGGAAAGAAGAACUUCAUAGCAUUCCGAAAUAUGAAAUUGAUCCCCAUGGAAACGUCAUCAUCUGAUGACAGUUGUGACAGUUUUGGUUCUGAUAAUUUUGCAAACACCAAACCAAAGUUUAGGUCAGAUAUCACAGAAGAACUGGCUAAAAUUUUUUGUGAGGACUCGGAUGAUGAUUCGUUCUGUGGUUUUUCAGAAAGUGAGAUUCAAAAUGUAUUGAAACUGGAGUCAGACUCUAAGGAAAAUGACUUACGUGCUAAGGAGAAGUUGCAAUAUAGGAGACAUGAGAGACGCUCGAUUCCUCUGAAAGUGGCUAUGAAGUUUCCAACUCGAAGGUCUAAAAGGGGAAAGAGUGAAAUAGCAUCACCCCCAGAAAUACAACCACCUGCUUUGGAUUCUGACUCUGAAGAAAAGGGCCCCAAAUUCUUAGAGAAAAGAGCUCUAAACAUAAAGGAAAACAAAGCAAUGCUUGCAAAACUAAUGGCUGAAUUAAAAAACGUCCCUGGUAUUUUCACUGGCAGAAGAUCAUUGUCAACUACCAGCCCACGUCCAAAACGGGCUCCAAGAAGCUCGUUUCCCCAAAGUGCUUUAAGGAGGAACCCAGACCGAAUUUCUCGGCCUCACACAAGAUCUAGGUCUCUGAUUGAUGGGCCACCUACUCCCUUACAGGAGGAGGAAGAUGAUGACAAGUACAGCUUAGUGAGGAGAAGAAAGCUAUCUGAUGAAUACCCAGAGCAAGAGAUUCGAACUCCCAGGAGAAGUCGCCCUGGUGCUAUGGCUCUUCCUCACAUAGUGCGUCCAGUGGAAGAAAUAACAGAGGAAGAGUUGGAUAAUAUUUGUGAAACUGCCCGAGAUAAAGUAUAUAACCAGGUGAUGGGAUCCACUUGUCAUCAGUGUCGCCAAAAAACUAUAGACACAAAGACAAACUGUCGUAACCCAGACUGUGUAGGUGUGCGAGGUCAGUUCUGUGGACCUUGUCUUCGCAAUCGAUAUGGGGAAGAUGUCAGGACUGCAUUGCUGGAUCCAAACUGGCGCUGCCCACCUUGUCGUGGAAUCUGCAAUUGUAGCUUCUGCAGACAGCGGGAUGGCCGGUGUGCUACUGGGGUGCUGGUUUAUUUGGCCAAGUAUCAUGGCUAUAACAAUGUUCAUGCUUACUUAAACAGUCUGAAACGUGAACUUGAAAUGGAAGAUUGAGAUUGUGAUGGGUUGUCAGUGGCACCUUUCUAUAGUCAUGUGCUCUUUCAUCCAUGUCAGACUUCGUGUGCAGUUAAUUGCUCAAACAUCUGAGCGUUUUAAUCCCAGAGUGAUCAGCGUUUUCUUUUUUUCAGUUAAAAAGGAACACGGAUUUUUUCAAGAUAAUAACAUGAUUUGCGGAAAAGCUUUUGGAGUCCUUUAAAUAUUGUUGGACAGGCUCUUUCUUUCCCCUUCCUGUUCUUACACAGUCUGGCUAGCAUCCACAUUUUUCCCCCUUCCUCACUGGAACGGGAAGUGAGACUUGACUUGGCUUUAAACUGAUUAGUGUCUUGUUCACACAGUUGCCCUUGCUGCAGUUUUUAUCCACAGUUAACAAUUAUUGAAAAUGUUAAAUGCAUUUAAAAAUAUUAAUAGCUGUGUUUCUCAUGGACCUAAAUGGAAAUGUAGAUGUUAAUCCUUGGCCUGGUGAAACUGGUUAAUUUCUGUCUCAUUAAAAUUUAAAAUUAUUUCAGGAAGAGUAACAGUAGCAAAUGGAAGCUGAAACCUUUUAGGCGUAGUGAUGGAUCUGCUUUAAAAUUAGCAGCUCCAAAAUCAUUACUAGUCCUUCAAGUUUAAAGAGGAAAAACUUACUUGAGAUUGUUUGUUUUAAAAACUUCUUUACAAUGCGUAGAUUUCCAGCAUUUAGUUUUAUAAAGUGCUCAGAAGUGCAAAACAACAGUGGGGGCAAAAAUGCUGCAUAAAUACGGAAUUAAUGUAAACGUUUAAAGUUUCCAGAGUGUGACAAAAUGGGCCAAAAUACAACUGAAAGACUGCUUUUGAGUAGUCAAAAAUCUUGAUGGGCUCUGUUGAUAUCUUCCUUUGUGAUGUGAGCAUGGAACACUGUUGAAAACUUCUAGGGCAGCCACACUUUUCCUCACUGAACGAGUACUGGUGCAGCUCCACUGAUGAUCGCAAUGAUGGCAGUGCUAAUGUGAGUUGACAACAGUGAUGGAAAAUGAUUGCACCCUGUUUAUGUUAGUGUUUCCACUAUUGCUGCCAAUAGUGAUGCUGCAUCAGUGCAAAGUCAGGAGUGAGACAGUACUAGUGUGUAAGUGCAAAACCUCUGUUUGGCAUACAGGCAGAAGGUCAGUUCGAGACUCUUAUUUAAUCAGUCACAAAUGAGGUUGAAAGAUCAAAUGUAAUAAAUCAUAUGUACUGCUUUUAGAGCUUUAUGGACAAAUGGUCUCUAGCCAUUUGGAAGUGGAGCCUGAAUUUUCUUUUAUUUUUUAAGAGCCAGUGGUUUCAAAGCCCAUAGUUAGGAUGGACCCUGUCUUGUACGAAACACAUCUAGCUAUGUAGUACAACUCAGAUUUGGAUAACAAAGUCUUUUAAAAAGAAAUUAAAUGUCCUGACUGAUGGGGUAUUAAAUGAGACUCCCAACCCUUUUUGCUAAAAGCUAAAAAGUAAUAGUCUAGGAGUGCAGAUGUAAUGAUUGAAUAUAUUUUGGUAGCAUUCACACAUACUGUUGCCUGAUCCUGAGCACAGUCUAGCUGUAUUCCCACUUAAAGUGGUCUCAGCCUAGUUGUGGAACGUUAUUUUGCGUGACAUGAUUAAUGAACCGUAAGUACAGCUAAAAGCAAGGACUUAAAGUUGAAAAGAUCUAGUGUGCUGCAUGGAUGAGACCACUGUAUACUUAAAGCAAUGGAAAGAGCACUACAUUGGCUGAACCAAUGUAAUUAUGAAAAUGAUUGUAUAGUUAGUGAAGACUUCAAAUGUAAUGUUAUAACUGAGAUCAAUCCCAAGUAGAAUCAUCUUGGAUUUGUUGAGCCAUAGCACUAGAUAUGGUCUUGGAUCUUUCUGCUAGUAGGAUAUUUUAUGCAACAACUGUUUUUCUCUGGUGGUUUUUGCCCCUUACCACAAUUCAGCACCUCCUACUGCAGCAAGGAACUAUAGUAAGCUAGAGUGAGACUCUUCAAAGGCAGUUAGGCAUCCAGCAACUCCCACUGCUUUUCAUGACUGUCAUUGUGUGUCUCUGAAAAUCUCCGUCCUGCCUCCAAACGUUUUCUUUUAAUCUAAAAUUUUCUUUUCAUCAAAAAUCUAAGGUUGAUCUUUUGCAUUUCAUGUGCUGCGAUAAUUCAGGUGACCUUUUAAUUGAGUUGCUAAGCUGUGUAAGUAUUUCUGAAAGGUUUGUAUUAAGACAAGACCUUAAUGCGCACCUUAAACAUGUGAAUAAAUGCUGUACCUGGAUCAUCGGAUCUAUGAAGUGCUUCUGUACAAAAUUUUAUUUUGAUAAUAAAAGCUUUGUCAAGA